AUGGACGAGCCUGAGAAACCGAAACAGAAGGAGGUGCGGCGGCCUUUUUGGGAGCAGCCUCCACCGCUGACAGAGGCCGAGCUGGCCGAAAGGAGGGCGCGGCGACGCGCUGGAAAGCAGAAAAUUGCCGAGCUGGCAAAGGAAAAGGAAAUUCUGGAAGCCCGCUUGGAAAGGCAAGCACGGGCGUUGCAACCACCGAGGCGCCCGGAAGGCAAAGGCAGACCGAUCCGUUUUGCCAGAAAGCUGAACGCAAAUAUGCCUUAUAUUGAGCGCAAUGUCAAGCCUGUCGCCAUACAAAAACCGUCUGUGCCAGCUCUUCCUCCAGUUGAGCCUGAGCCCGCACCCGAAGAAGUAGCGCCAAAAGACGGCAAACACGACAAGAGCAAGGAGACGAAGCGACCGCCGCCGCUUGACAUAACCCUCAACAAUGCCGCUGCCGCUGCCAUUGCCAAGGAACGGCGGCCUGUCUCUCCACCGGACCGGCCACCACGGCCUAUGCGUCUCGCCGACGAGAGCGGCGUCACACUCCAUCACAUUCUUCUUGUCGUUAACGAGGCUCUCCGGGUCGAGAUGCAAAAGAACCAGGACGUUCACGAUGCACUGUCCCAAGACAUCCAGGGCCCAAUGCAUGUGCUCGGCGACCUCGGCAGGCUCGUGAACAUGCUGUUUUGGUCCAUGGAGCAGCACCGGAAGGGACUGUGGCGCAACAGAAGGACGGCCAUCCAGCCAGGCCAGCCCGACGAGCCUAAUAAGCCAGCUCCAGUAAAGGAACCAUGGCGUGGCGCACUCGCAAUAUUUUCGAUACCCAUGCGUUUCUUUACUAUACCAACUCAAGACACUAGCCGAGACGACCUCGAAAAUUCCCAUCCAUCCGAGAACAUCGAUGCAGACGGCGAGGAUGGCGGGGACGAGAGUUACGACGACGAUGAUAAUGACGAUGAUGACGACACUCUCUUCUCCAUCAUGGAGGCCGGUAUUGCCAGGCAUUGGGCAUUUGACUCGGACAAUGAUGACGAAUACGACCCCGUCGUGCGGGCUUUCCAGAAUAGCGCCCAACGCGAUGCACGAAUCACGCGGGCUACGCGUGCCGUCAAACGCAGCUACGAUGACGUCUUCAACGACGACGAAGAUGCAUCCAGCUCCGAACUGGAGUCGGCCGCCGAGCUGCACGACAAGAAUCUCCUUGACUACCUCAACAUCCGCUCUCCUUCGCUUCGUCCCAAAUUUGGUGCCGACGAAGACAGCGAUCACUCGUCCAACCCGCUUAACCCGCAUCGCCACAAGACAUACGAUAUUCAAGAGCAGCCCAAAGAAGAGGCAGAGGAAGAGCGGAACGAACGACAAGAGGCCAGGGACGCUCGCCGCAGAGCCAGGGCCGAAGCUAGGGCCAAGGCGGCCGCCUCAAAGGCAGAACGUGACUCGCUGCUUAAAACGCUUCAGGAGGAAGCUCAUGAAGUUGCCACGGCUGCCGUCAAGAAACAGCUGGCCGAUCUUGAGGACGAGCGGGACGCUGCUCUACAGCUAGCCAAGGAAGCGGUGUAUGAACGAGACAAGAUUGAUGCGGAGACGGAGGACAGGGCCAGGGACAUGGACAAGCUGCGCACUCUGCUGCGGGAGCUGAUUGAUCGAGAGUUUCCACACAAAGAUAAAGAGGCUACCAAAGAGGAGAAAAACAAAAAUGAGGCGGUACAAGGCCAGGUCGCAGAAGGUAGAGAAGGCGCCAUGAAAAACGAAGGCGCGGAAGAGGACGAAACAGAGACGGAGACGAACGAGGAAGUCGAGCAUAAAACAAAGGACAGCAAACAAGGCGAUGAACAAGAAAACAGCAAGGCGAAGGGCGAGCACGACGAACGCCCCUCCGCUACAGAAGAUAAUCCGGCGCAACACGCAACCGAGACAGAUCUACUCCCGGAACUGCCUUCCACGUCCGACUUCAUGAGGAGAGCAUCACGCCGAUCGUCUCGCCAUUUCACCCGUCCACCGGUAUCACCAAUUCCGAUACCACCCUUGACGCCGUACCCACCUCUGACCCCAACACUUCCAAUUGUCCCGGCGACUCCAUCGACACCCAUGGCCAAUUGGGACAGGCAACGGCUUGUCAACGAGGUCCAGCGCAUGCUUCACGCAACAGCACCACCCCCUACGCCUCUAGUUCGACAGUUCAACCAACGACCGCCGCCUCCAUCACCGGCACUGUCACUUUUUAAUAGCGGCACCGCCGCCUACAUCAUCCAGCGGGCCCGCAAACCGCUCGGCACGGGUAUUUUCGCAUCGAUACUCGACAUCCUGUUGACCAUCCUUCUCAUGAUUGUGAAGCAAAAGACCAAUGUCGAAACGGUUGGCCGGUGGAUCCGGUCUGCUUUCUUGGUGCCAGCCUACCUGACUUUGACAAACAUCGCCUUGCGGCUGUGGAACCGAAGACAGCGCCUGAGUCUACCACCGCUGCCAAACAGGACUCGCGGCCAGGCAGACGUACCAGACGACGCCACUGGUGUUGAUCUACCUCUCGUGGCUUCGCCGGCAUCGCACAGGUCCAUUGCCUCGCUGCAACUGCACGACGCUCGCACGGCACUCGCCCUGGCCUAUCGCCAACGUAUUCGCCACGCGUACAUUCUCUUCCCCAGAGACGCCCUCGCCGAGCUCACCAUCUUCAAUUUUGUUGUCUUUAGCAUAUUUCUCCUCGUCAGCACAAUCAGUGAGCGCAACCUCUGGCUGGACGCCAACAACACGGCCGACGCACCGGCCCAGUACUUCCAGACGGCUGUGCUGCGGUACCGACACGACACAGGCUCCUGCUCCACCAUGCCGCUCCUCGUACCGGGGCCGUACCAUUUCUGUGCCUGCAUCCCAACGCUCUUUGAUCCGCGUAUCAUCAUAGGGCCGCUUGUCUACCUGAUGGCCGUGUGGCACGACAGCGUUUUGGAUUAUUUGUGGCUCGUGGCCCAGUGGCUCGCAUGGGGUUUGAACCAUGUGAGCCAGCUGUAG